GCCUGGGCAAAUCACAAGAGAAGCAGGUUUUAACUACAUUCCAUCAGCCGGAGAAAAGGGAUAUCACUUUUUGGAAGAGCUGUUCGGAUCCCACGGAGAGCUCAGAGUUUAGAGUUUUACCUUCCACGACUGCAGGAGGAUGAUGUAUUUAACCUCAAAAAUGGGAAGAAGAAGUUCUGCUUUACUGGGCCAGUGAUACUGCAUCGACCAAUCACCGCAGUUUCCUCGUGCAUCCGCCUGGAGCCGCAGGGUGUUUCCUGCUGAACCUGAGUGUCUCCUCCUAGUCACAUCAGCCCCUCAAAACCUUUCCUUCUGGGCCUUUCCCAGUAAGAAGUUCUUGGUGGAAGCUAUAAAACAUCAGCUCCUCCAAGCAGAACAACUCCGUGGCUGCCACCAGAGGCCAAGGCGUUUGGCAGCAAUGCUUGUCCUUCUCCAUCUCCCAGCCCUUCUGGCCUCCCUGACCUUGCCCCAGACUGCAGCACUGGCUGCAAAUGCACAGACCACCACAACUGCUGCCAUCUCUGAUGCCGUGAGUCAGGUCAAGGUCCAAGUCAACAAGGCCUUUCUGGAAUCCCGGACCAGGCUGAAGACGGCCAUGAGCUCCGAGGCACCCACCACUCGACAGCUCUCCGAGUACCUCAAGCAUGCCAAAGGCCGGGCACGCACUGCCAUCCGCAUUGGGCAGGUGUGGGAGGAGUCCUUAAAGAGACUGAGGCAGAACGCGGCCUUGACCAAUGCCACAGACCCCAGUCUGGACUUGACUGCACUGUCUUGGGAGGUGGGCUGUGACGCCCUUGUUCCGGUGGUGCAAUGUGACGAGGACAGUCCUUACCGAACCAUUACAGGAGACUGUAACAACAGGAGGAACCCCGCGCUGGGCGCCGCCAACAGGGCGCUGGCGCGCUGGCUGCCGGCCGAGUACGAGGACGGGCUCUCCCUGCCCUUCGGGUGGACGCCGGGCAGGACGCGGAACGGCUUCCCCGUCCCGCUGGCCCGAGACGUAUCCAACCAGAUUGUAGACUACCUGAACGAGGAGGGUGUUCUGGACCAAAACAGAUCCUUGCUCUUCAUGCAGUGGGGUCAAAUCGUGGACCAUGACCUGGACUUUGCCCCCGACACCGAGCUGGGGAGCAGCGAGUACUCCAAAGCCCAGUGUGACAAAUACUGUAUCCAGGGAGACAACUGCUUCCCCAUCAUGUUCCCUCCCAAUGACCCCAAGCUGAAGACUCAAGGAAAAUGCAUGCCUUUCUUCCGAGCUGGGUUCGUCUGCCCCACUCCACCUUACCAGUCCCUGGCUCGAGAUCAGAUCAACGCUCUGACCUCCUUCCUGGAUGCCAGCUUGGUAUACGGCCCCGAACCCAGCCUGGCCAGCCGCCUUCGCAACCUCAGCAGCCCACUGGGCCUCAUGGCUGUGAACCAAGAGUUCUGUGACCACGGGCUAGCUUACCUGCCCUUCGACAUCAAGAAGCCAAGCCCCUGUGAGUUCAUCAACGCCACCGCCCGAGUGCCCUGCUUCCUGGCAGGAGAUUCCCGAGCCUCCGAGCAGAUCUUGCUGGCCACUUCCCACACCCUCUUUCUCCGAGAGCACAACCGGCUGGCCACUGAGCUAAAGAGACUCAACCCUCACUGGGAUGGAGAGAAGGUCUACCAGGAAGCCCGGAAGAUACUGGGAGCCUUCGUGCAGAUUAUCACCUUUAGGGACUACCUACCCAUUGUGCUCGGUGAGGAGAUGCAGAAGUGGAUCCCCCCAUACCAAGGCUAUAACAAAUCUGCCGACCCCCGAAUUUCCAACGUCUUCACCUUUGCCUUCCGCUUUGGCCACUUGGAGGUCCCCUCGACUGUGUCCCGCCUGGAUGAGAACUAUCAGCCGUGGGGUCCAGAAGCAGAGCUUCCCCUUCACACCCUCUUCUUCAACACCUGGAGGAUAGUCAAAGAUGGUGGAAUUGACCCUCUGGUCAGGGGCCUGCUGGCCAAGAAGUCCAAGCUCCUGGAUCAGAACAAAAUGAUGACAAGAGAGCUGCGCAACAAGCUUUUCCAGCCCACCCAUAAGAUCCACGGCUUUGACCUGGCCGCCAUCAACAUACAGCGGGGCCGAGACCAUGGGAUGCCUGGGUACAACUCCUGGAGAGGCUUCUGUGACCUCCCCCGGCCCCAGACCCUGAAGGAGCUGAACGCUGUGCUGAAGAACCGGAGGCUGGCUAAGAAGUUACUGGAUCUCUACGGAACCCCUGACAACAUUGACAUCUGGGUUGGGGGCGUUGCUGAGCCCCUGGUAGAGAGGGGCCGAGUGGGGUCUCUCCUGGCCUGCCUCCUGGGGAAGCAGUUCCAGCAAAUCCGUGACGGAGACAGAUUCUGGUGGGAGAACCCUGGGGUCUUCACUGAGAAGCAACGGGACUCUCUCCAGAAAAUGUCCUUCUCACGCCUGGUCUGUGACAACACCCACAUCACCAAGGUCCCACGUGACCCAUUCCAGGCCAACAGCUACCCCCAGGGCUUUGUGGAUUGCUCGGCCAUUGACAAGCUGGACCUGUCACCCUGGGCCUCAGUGGAGAAUUAGGGACCCAGGCUUCCCGGCCUCCGUGGCACUGUGCAGUAGCGCUCCCUUUGGUCCUUGAUCCCAUUUCAAGCAAGUUUGGUGACCCCGUUCCUUAGAGCUCCACACCCCAUCCCGGCCCUUCUUUCCAGCUGGGUUUCUGUCUACUCGCCAGAUGCACACCGCACUCAAGCCCAAGACCAGCACCUCAGCCUUCCCAGCUCUUCCACCUGAAUCCUACUGCUCCCACGUCAUCCCCUCGGUCCACGGGAUGUCUCCCAUCCUCUCCCUGCAACAUGUCUCAUCUGAGGCCGCGGCCAUUGGGCUCUUAUCUUUCCACCUCUCCUUUCAAACUAGAUUGUAAGCUCCUUGAGCCAGAGACCAGUCUGCUUCCGUGUGUCCCCUGUGGCACCCAGCAUGACGCUCAGCACACAGCACAGGCUCAAUAAACAUCUGAUGGGUGACUGAA